GCUGCUUGAAACUCAGAAAUCAUAAGGUACCUGACCCAGGAAAAGCAAAUACAGAGCAGUAGGGCAUAAAUAGCUCUACUGAAUUUAUACUACAAAUAAACAGCCAAUUUUAAACCUACUAUGAUUAUUUAAAUCAUUAAAUAAUCUAGCCAUCUGGUUAAGUCAGGACCUAUCUGCAAACUAGAAAGGCUAUUUAAAAGACAGAGCAGUGGCAAUAGAUGACGUUUUCUUAAGACUUCACAUUAUCUAUGCUUGGAUUUACUCUCAGUCCUAGUCAAGAUACGCUCCUAGAUGCUCUACCUUUCAGGGGAGGGAGGGAAUUAUUGCAGGUCAAGAGAUGGUGAUUGCUACCUGAGGAGGAAAAGGAGACUGGGUAGUGCCUGGUGCUGACUUUUUUUUAGCAGUCUUUCUCCACCUAAGCUGCUUAAUAGAAUCAAGAGUCUCUGCCGUGAGACUCAGGUGCCAAAUAUUUAUUAAACUCUCCAAGUGAUUUCACUGGGCAGCCAAAGCUGAGAAUUUUUGUCUUGGGACAGUAGAUCUCAUUUCAGCGACCAUCAGAAUCAUCUGGAGAGCAUGCUGAAAUUACAGAAUGCUGGGCCCCAUCCCUAGAGUUUCUGGUAGGUAGGUCUGGGGUGGGCUCAAUAAUUUGUGCUUUUAACAGGUUCCCAGAUGAUGCUGAUUUGCAGUCCUACGCUUUGAGAAUCAAUCUUAGAAGAGUUUGGCUUUUGUUGUCUUUUUAGUAGAGUUCAGUUGUGCGCGGGUUGUAGGGGGAGGGGUGAAAAUUGGUAGAAGGAGAGGGACAGAAGCCGCUAGUCUCCCACUUUCCUGGCCCAAUCCCCUUCCAAGCUGAAGGGGAACUGGAAUCUACCACUUCAUCGCAUCUUCCCUAUUUUCUCAGUCUUUAUUUCACAGACUGAGUAAAUAAAGGUGCUUCAGGGGUCAGUUGAACGGUCCACAGCUGUUUAGAUCGCGGUUAACCAGCCCAUUUCAGCGGGCUUCUCGCUCACGCACACCCUCCCUCCAAGGAACCCUGCUCAAAGCGGCCCACCAGCCUUUUCCUCCUCCCUGCCCCGCCCCCAGAGUCUCUGCGUAGUUGCGCACUCGACGUGCCCGGCGUUCAAAGCGAGCAGCGAGAGGAGUUCAGUGGGGCACCGCGUGCCGCGCAGGCGCGAGGGGGAGAGGUGCCGGAGCCGCCAUCAUGGCCUGUGUCAACCCCGUGCCUAAACUCUACAGAUCUAUAAUUGAAGAUGUAAUUGAAGGAGUGCGCGAUCUAUUCGCUGAAGAAGGUAUAGAGGAACAAGUUCUAAAAGACUUGAAGCAGCUCUGGGAAACAAAGAUUUUGCAGUCUAAAGCAAUGGAAGACUUCUUCAGAAAUAGUGCCCAUUCACCUGUGUUCACCCUUCCAUUGCCAAACAGCUUGCACCAAACAUUGCAGUCAUCAACAGCGUCAUUAGUUAUUCCUGCUGGUAGACCUCUUCCCAGUUUUACUACAACAGAACUGGGCACCUCAAACUGUAGUGCAAGUUUCAAUUUUCCUGGUUAUCCUAUUCAUGUACCAGCAGGUGUGACACUACAGACUGCAUCUGGUCACCUUUAUAAAGUCAAUGUACCAGUUAUGGUGACACAGACUUCUGGAAGAGCAAGUAUUCUACAUCCAAUUCAGCAAGUAUUUCAGCAGCUUGGGCAGCCUUCAAUAAUCCAGACCAGCGUUCCACGCCUGAACCCAUGUUCUCUCCACGUGACUGCUGAAAAAUCACAGAGAAUAGAAACUGUGCUCCAGCAACCCACAGUUCUUCAUUCUGGGAUGGUGGAUAGGAAACAUUUACAAAAUGCCGCCAGUGAUACACUUGCACUUCCUGGAAAUGAGCGUGAAAUCAUGUCUGAAGCUUUGUUGAGUCAGCCGGAAAGCCCUCAGUAUAUCUGUCUUCCAGGUGUUGUGUUUCCUCCACAGGUCUCUCAGAUAGAUGAACACCGGGAGCCAGUGCUUGGUGUUUCAGGCGGCGUGACUCAAAAUCUGAAUGGUGUGCCCCUCUCCACUGGCCGACAGGGGGCCCAGCACCAACACAUGUCUGAUAUUCAGCUUCAUGUUCUUAAAAAUAGGAUGUUUGGAUGUGAUUUUGUAAAGCAGCCAAGAAAUACAGAGGAGCCCAGCAGCCUACCUGUCUCAGAGAAGGAUUCUAAUUCUCAGAUGGAUUUAAGCAUUCAGGUCACUGAUGAUGAUAUUAAUGAAAUAAUUCAAAUAGAUGGAACCGGUGAUACAUCUUCCAAUGACGAAAUAGGAAUUACAAGAGAAGUAGAUGAAAAUGAAUUUCUAAGGAUUAUUGAUGCAGGAGACCUGAAGGUACUUGAAGAAGAAGUUGACAGUAUAUCAAAUGAAGCUUCAACUGCCAACAGUAGUGAUAAUGAAGAUCCUCAAACAGACAUUGUAGAAGAGGACCCCUUAAAUUCUGGAGAUGACGUUAGUGAGCAGGAUGUGCCAGACCUGUUUGACACGGAUAAUGUAAUCGUCUGCCAGUAUGACAAGAUUCAUCGAAGCAAGAACAAAUGGAAAUUCUAUUUGAAAGAUGGUGUUAUGUGUUUUGGAGGGAGAGAUUAUGUAUUUGCCAAAGCCAUUGGUGAUGCAGAGUGGUAAAACUUAAGAGCUCGAUACACCAUAAACAUCAGUGGGACUAUAUCACAUAUUGUGAAACCUAUUUUUAUUUUUUAUAUAGCCCAGUAUAGAGCUGCUCAAAUUUUUUAGUUCACUGUGUGGAGUUUAAUAAAACUAUAAUUCAGAUGCAGAUACAAAUACACAA